CUCUGCGGUGGUAGAAUGUUGCACUGGGAGUUGGGAGUAGGCCGUCGCUACUCUUGUAGUACUAGUAGUAGUAGUAGUAGUAAAAUAAAAUACUACAGUAUCAUGUGCGGUGGUCUCUCAGAACUUCAUGUUGGGAACACGUCCAAUCAUGAUUUUUUGACAUGGAAUGUUGCAGUCAUGGUGAGAAUGUAUGUAGGGCGUGCCCCGGAUGGAUGGUUGCUUCUGGUUAGAUCUACCUACUAAGCAACAAGAAACAAUCUGGUGAGAUGGUGUGUUGUUGAUUUGCACCGUUAAGAGAAAGUGAGGCAAGGCAGCAGGGAGUAGCACCAUUCAGGAAUUGCCAUAAAGUUGGACUGCUCUUCUAUCAAAAAUAAAAUAAAAUGGAUUGCUCUACAGAAAAAGAGGGAGCAAUGCAUGUUGUCCUGGGUGCUACGUUUCGGCUUCACGGGCGUCCAUUGGACCCGCAUGUCAGUGCGAGGCUUUCCUUUCCUUUCCCAAAGGAGUCAAAGUCAGGUCUGUCAGUCAUAAUAAUAUGACCGCCAAGAGCAGAGCAGAGCAGAGAGCAGUCCGUUCGUCGCCCAAAACCCGCUGCCCUUGCCCAUCCCAAUUCCACUCCACACUUCCUUCGUCUUCCUGGGAUUCACCCUGAUUUCUCCUUCACCAGCCUCCAUUCACUGCCCCAAUUUCCCUCGCGCCAUUGGGGUUUUUGGGGGCUUGCGUGUUGCCAUGGUGGUGUGGUUUGAAGCCAGAGAACACAAUUGUCCAGCAUCUUCACUUUACAAGGGGAAAUGUUCUCUCCCUUGAAAAAAACCCUUCACAAUGCGAAAUCAGUAAUGGCCAGAUGCGUUUCUCUGAACUAAAUGGAAUCCUCGGAGGCGGUACCAACAGGCAAAAGUCGCAAUCAGGAAGCUCGUGAACUAUUAGUGUGCCAGACGACGGAGGAUCUCAAGACAUGGAAUCUGAACGAACAGCAGCAACAGUUAGUCGACGUCAGUGGGCUCGGCAAUCUGAAAUACAUGGGUGAUCUGGCCAUCAACCGUACUGUGCUCAGGGUAUUCUGCAAGCUUUGGAGCAAAGAAACGAACACAGCAAGGUUCCAUGACUUUGAAAUGGCACCAUCACUCAGGGACACUGCCUACUUACUGGGUAUUUCGAUCUUAGGCCGUGCAGUGACCACCGGGGCUGUGCUCAACAUGUCAUCAGAACAGUUGUUCCUCCAAUACCUGGGCCGAGUUCCUGGUAGCAAGGACUACAGGCGUAGCCAUGUGAAGCUCUCUUGGUUAUACUCCAAAUUUAGUCAACUGUCGGAGCAUCCCACUGAUGAAGAAAUUGCAUGCAAAACAAGAGCAUAUCUCUUGUACUUGAUUGGAGCAACUCUGUUUUCACACAAAGAUAAGGGCUAUGUCUCUCCAAAGUACUUACCGCUCUUGUCAGACUUUGAGAAGGUACGGGAGUAUGCGUGGGGUGCUGCUGCUCUUGCUCAUCUUUACAAGGCCCUCUCUACGGUAGUGUCUUCUCACUCUUCUGCCAGAAUAAGACUAUUUGGCAGCGCCACUCUGCUCAUGGGGUGGAUAUAUGAAUAUAUUCCAGCGCUGCGCCCCGAUAUGGAGGAUGGUCCAGCACUUGUCGUCCCACGAGUGUGUGGGUGGACCGGGCGCGUAAUCUCCCAACCAGCAAAGGAAGCUUCAGAUAUGAAAAAAGCUUUCAGUCAGCUUCGAGUUUCAGAUGUGAACUGGGAACCUUACAAGGGCGUGGAUCCUGCAUCUAUUCCCAACAUCUGUUUGGCACCCGUCUGCUUCUCCAGAACAUGGCUGAUAAACUUUAACGUGAGGGAAGUAUAUCUCCCAGAUCGGUUUGCUCGUCAGUUUGGUCAAGAACAGCAUCCGCUCGGCGAUGUCCGUGGGUUCCAGCGGCACCAGUGGAAUGCAUCAGUGGAUUGGAGCCUCGAGUAUGCAUCAGAGAUCAAACAUUUUGAGCAGUUGAUCAAUGCUACUCGUCCUGAUCGUACGACAGUUCCUGCCACUGGUAACACCACUGAAGAUGUUUUUACACCAGCGAGGACGGCACGAGAACUUUCUGGUCUCAAUUUGCUUACAGUGGUGGAGAGCAUCAAGAAGGAGCUCCCAAUCAUCACACGAUUUCUCGAGCAACGGUCACUUCCGGUGGAGGUGGCCACGUCUAUUGCUCGGAUCCAUGAAUUGCUAAAGGAUUCUCUCUUGAAGGAAGGAAAUGCCGCUGUUGGUCCUCGGGGCGAGGGGACCUAUGAGUUGACUGCAUCACAACCAUCUGCCAUACCAAUGUGCGAAGAAGCGAUCAUCGGCACACCACAUGGGCCUGUGCCUGAUGAAGCGGUGCAGAACGGCAGCGAUCAUCUUGUGCAGGAAUACUGUGACAAGCCGAUGGGGGAGGAGGAGGACGGCAAGGCAGGGGACGUUCCUGGCACACCGGGGGAAGAGGAGGCAUCGGAAGGGAGUAAGGACAGUGAGGAGGACGGAGGCCAUAAGGGGCGGAAGCGACCGCUUCGGAGGAGCAAUCGAAGCUGCGUGCAGGCCAAGAGGUUCAAUAACCGGGGAGGGAAAGGGUCCUUUGCCUCUGACCCCAUCGUGCUGUGACUGUGACCGCCGCAUCAUUCAUUCCGCGCCUUAGCCUUGCAUCUACUCCUUCCAUAAGAGCAUUUAGAUCAAACGCUUUUAUAUUAGUUGGACGCGGCUAUCGAACGCAGUGGCGCCCGCGUGAAUUAGUUGACGCCAGUCAACGACAUGCAUUUAUUAAUGUUUUAAAAAUUUAUAACUUU